UUAUAUUUUAAGAUAAUAUGGAAACGAGAAAAGAACUAAAAUUCAGGAAAGAUCCGUUUGAUGAAGAAGUAACACCAUUAAAAUUUUGGAAAAAUGUAAUAAAAGAAAGAACCUUACAGACAAUGAUCUUUGUCCCUUGAUACUUAGCAGGUCUCGAAAGUUCUGCAAGGAUGAAUAGGAUAAAGUAUCACUUAGACAACUUUAUUGAAAAGCACAGGCCAUAAAAUAAGAUUCUUAGAUUCAAUGC